AUGGACGGGAUAUCUAAACCUAGCUCAGACGCCGUCCAACCUGAGAAGCCCACUACCGAGAGCGUGAAGGGCUCCCAUCCUGCCGCAACCUCCUUGGGGAUGGACCCGGCACGGCGUGCACAGGUAGAGGCGAGGAUGAAGCGCAAACUUGACGCUCGCUGUUCCCUGUUCGUACUCAUCUACAUCAUGAACUACCUUGAUCGCAACAAUAUGUCCGCUGCCCGUCUCAAAGGUCUCCAGGAAGACCUCGAUAUGGACUACAGCGAAUAUGCUACCUGCCUGAGUAUUCUGUAUGUUGGCUACAUCCUGAUGCAGGUCCCAUCAAACAUCUUCAUCAACCGAAUCCAGCGGCCCUCUCUCUACAUCUCCUUCGUCAUGUUGCUCUGGGGUCUAGUCUCCACUCUGUCGGGUGUCGUCCACAGCUUCGGCGGCAUGGUCGCCAUCCGUUUCUUCCUAGGGUUUGUGGAGGCUGCUUUCCUGCCAGGAGCUCUGAUGAUCCUGUCGAAAUGGUAUACUCGGAGAGAACUCACGGUGCGGAAUGCCAUCCUCUUCUGCGGAAAUCUCAUCUCGAACGCCUUCUCGGCACUUGUUGGAGCUGGAGUGCUCUCCAAUAUGCAGGGCACCCUUGGUCAUGCUGCUUGGCGUUGGCUCUUCUGGAUUGAGGGGGCCAUCACUAUGUUCGUCGCUAUCUCUGCAGCCUUCGUUCUUCCUGAUUUGCCCACCAACACUCGCGGUUUCACCCAAGAGGAACUUCAAGUGGCUCAGCUCCGAAUGACCGAGGACGUUGGCGAGGUGGACGUUGAUUCUGAUGACCAAGGGCCCUGGGACGGCUUAUUCAUGGCCAUCAAGGAUGUUAAGAUCUAUAUUAUGAUGCUCACUUUUACUGCUUACGUCGUCGGUCUCUCUUUCAAUGCCUUCUUCCCCUCCCUCACCGAAACCCUAGGCUUCAGUUAUGUGCCAACCCUGCUCAUGAGCGCACCCCCAUGGGUUUUCUCUUGCCUCUUCUCACUCUGUGUGGCUUGGAGCUCAGACCGACACCAGGAGAAGUUCUGGCACAUCAUCGGCCCAAUUCUAGUCGGCCUAGUCGGCUUCAUCAUCAGUAUGUCUACCCUCAACGUCGCAGCCCGCUACGUCGCUCUCUUCCUCCAAGCCGCCUCUUACGCUGGCUUCAUCGUAUUCUACUCCUGGAUAAGCUCAUCCUUCCCGCGCCCGCCCGCCAAACGCGCUGUCGCAAUCGCCCUUAUCAACGCCUUCAGCCAGCUCGGGAACGUAGCAGGCUCAUACGUCUGGGACCUAGAGGAGAACGGGUAUCGCCAGAGCUACGGAAUUGUGACGGCCAUGUUUGGCGUCACGGUUAUCGGGUGUCUUGGUUUCAAGCUUGUGCUGGAGAAUCUUAAUAAAAGGCUUGCUGAGGCGGAGAUGGCGGAUGUUCGUGAUGGGCGGCCUGGGCCCGAUAUUUUGGCUGCCGGGGAGGAGACGGAUGAAACCUUGAGAAUUCUUAAGGGGUUCAGGUAUCUUGUUUAG